AUGUUACUUCCUGCUCGACGUUUUGCUGUCAUACAGUCAAGGGUACUGCCCAGUCCCUUCGCGCCGUCAACAUGUGUACGAUGCCUUCAUGAGCAACGAGCUGAACCUGUUAUUCCCAAGCCGACACCAUUUGUGCCUGAUGUCCCGACAUUUUUGUCCCUGAUUGGGCGCGAAAUGUCCAAGCACGCCAGCAAGUUCCCCUCCUGGGAUAGUCUGUUCUCCCUCUCUUCAUCAGAACUCCGAGAUCUUGGAAUCGAGCCCACAAGACAACGACGAUAUCUACUUCGACAGCGCGAGAAAUUCAAGAAUGGCAUUUUCGGUCCCGGCGGAGACCUUGAUGUUGUCGUCGAUGGUGUCGCCCAAUUGCGCGUGGCUGAAGUCCCUGCUGACCGCAUCGACAGCAGCAGCAGCACCUCGCCAAAUGCCUCUGCCACGUUAACGCCAGGCAUGCGACGCGUGCUCGUGAAUCUUGCUCCGGAUGCGGAAAGUUACGAAUAUAAGAGCAACGACCCGAUCAAGAAAUAUGCGCACAUGAAGGUUCAUCGAGGCACCACGGUCAUCGGUCCAUAUAUUCAAGCCAUCAAAGGCACCAGCGGAUCAGCAGCAUUGAUUCGGGCCACAGAGGGCAUGUGGGAGGAUAAACGCGGCCAUAAGGUUGACGGUGGUGAACGACGCCGUGCUGAGGUUCGUGCGAAAAGGAGAAGCGCAGAGAGACGGGCGGCCAAUAAAUAA